CAUUUACGAAACUACCCCUAAAUUCCUCCAAAUAUAAACCCUGGUCAUUUCAUCUUCCUCCAUCGCCUUCUCUGCUUUCUUUCACAAAAAAUCGUAAUAAUGUCGAAGAAGGUGAUUCUCGAGUACGAUGGCGCCUCGAAGGGAAACCCUGGGCGAUCUGGAGCAGGCGGUGUUCUGAAGUCUGAGAGUGGCGCUGAGAUUGCUCGAUUUCGUGAGGGUUUGGGGCAUGGAACCAACAAUGCUGCAGAGUAUGCAGCACUCAACCGGGGAAUGAAGACUGCACUUGAUAUGGGUUAUGAUCAGAUCCAUGUUAGGGGUGAUUCCCAACUUGUCCACAACCAGGUGCAAGGGCAUUGGAAAACCAGGAACGAGAACAUGUCUAGGUAUUGCAGCGAGGCUCAGCAACUCGGGAGUCAGUUUAAGUCAUUUGAUAUGGAGCAUGUUCCAAGGGGUUACAAUACUGCUGCCGACUCUGAAGCAAACAAAGCUGUUAACCUCCCACCUGGUCACGUUGAGACUGAGGGUGGUCCCUAUGGCUAUGGAGGUCGCUACUAGUUUCGCUGUUGUCUUGUUAGGGUUCGAGCUCAGCCUUCGUAUUUAAAUAAAAGUGGACGUAGGUUAUGCAUGCUGCUUUGGUUGUAGUCUGUCGUAGCUUGAAAUGUUUUGCGACUUAAGUAUAUUAUCUUAAGUACGUUGUCUUGAUACCUAGUGUUUCAACUUAGUUUGGCUUUUAGAAUGCAGUUUAGUUAUAAGCUUGGCUUCGGCGCUGAGAGUCCGCUGAAUGUGCAAUUAGAAAUUUCUCAUCGCUACCAGUGAGGAAUUGGCUGGUUAAGUGCAUUUAACCUUGCGUUCCUAAAUUUGAGGGAUAUUAGAA